AUGCCCUCCCCAGAUCGAGACAGCCUCUUGUCGGCCGCCCAGGCCUUUUGCAACUCCUUUGCCAGCCAAGAGGCGCCAGACAAGAUCUUCAGCUAUUUUUCAACCUCCGAUGAUGUCCUUGCUCUGGAGCAUGGCCUGCCGCAACUGGCCCCGUUCUUGGGGCGUGAGUUUCGAGGUCAAAAGGGCCUGGAAGAGUAUUUUGGGCUUCUGUCCUCCCACUUAACAUACGACAACAUGCGCUUCAGCGACUUUGUUGUCGAUUCACAAGUCUCAAAGGUGUCAGUGCGUGGAGAGGCAAAGUUCACUUGGACCAAGACUGGGCAAUCCUGGGACGAAGUCUUUACCUACGUCCUCGAGUUUGACGAGGAAACAAAGGUCAAAGUCUACGAGAUAUGGGCUGACAGUGGCGCUGCCUACCUGGCCAGCAAAGGCCAACUUUGA